AUGAACGCCGCAUCCCAGGGCGACGCUGCCCUCGCAAAUUCUGACUUUGUCAGCGCCCUAAAGCACUACACUCGAGCCCUCUGCGAACUCCCACGCGCCCCAGCCUAUUACAUCAAACGCUCGACCGCAUACGUUCGCCUCAAGUCCGCAGACGGCGGCCCAAAACUCGAGGACGCGCUACGCGAUGCCGAAAUUGCCGUCAUUAUUGCGCGGGAACGUGCAAAGCGCGAUCUUAUUUGUUCGGCGCAGAUGAGGAGGGCUGUGGCGCUUUAUCACAUGGAGAGGUACGGCGAUGCGGGGUACCUGUUUCGGUUGUUGGAGGAGAAGGUCUUGAAGGAUGAGAAUGAGGGUGGGGAUGCGGCUGAUAAGGUGAAGCAUGUUAUGAGUGGGCCGAAGUCGUCAGGGCCGAUGAAGAAUGUCGCCCAGGAACUGCAAAUCUGGUUGGUGAAGAUCAAGUCAAAGCUUGGGGCGCUGGAAGAAGGCGAUGAGAAAAAGAAGGUUACCAUUGAGGAAGUCCCGACUGGUGUGAAGGUGCCAUCGGAGAAGGAGCUGAGGAGACAGUCGGAGGCCAUGAAGGAUGGAAAUAUUAGCGGUAAUAAGUCUAGUGCUGUUGAUGGCUCUUUGGGGGGCGAGAAGAAGACCGAUGGACCGAGUGCAGAAGCUGCCAAGGAUGAGAAGGCUGCUACUUCAGCUCCUGCUCCUGUCCAGACACCAGAGAAAAUUCGUCAUGAGUGGUAUCAACAAAACGACUCUGUCGUGGUGACUGUGUACGCCAAGGGCGUGGACAAGGAGAAGGUUGACACGGAACUCAAGAGCGACUCGGUAUCCAUACAAUUUCCGCUCCCAUCGGGUUCAGAUUACGCCUUCAACCUCGAUCCCUUAUACGCCUCCAUCGACGAAUCCGCGUCCAAAGUCAGCACAUCCUCAACAAAAAUCGAACUCGUUCUGCGCAAGAAAACGCCGGGACAAAAAUGGAGCGCUCUUGAGUCUUCCUCAACAGAAAUCAAGUCUGCCACUAUCACUUCUACCCCUGCUCUUUCCGCCUCAGCAUCUGGCCCCUCCUACCCGACUUCCUCGCGCCAUGGUGCCAAAGACUGGGACAAGCUUGCCUCUACUCUCACAGCAAAGAAACCCAAGAAUCCUCGCGCGAAGAAGGACGACAAAACCAAGGAGAAGGCCGAAGGUGAAGAAGAAGAAAAUUCUGAUAACGAAGGGUCUGUCGAUUCUGAGUAUGGCGGUGACCCUGUUGAUGGGUUCUUCAAGAAGCUGUAUGCUGGGGCAGACGAGGACACCCGUCGUGCGAUGGUGAAGAGUUUCGUUGAGAGUAACGGUACUUCAUUGAGCACCAACUGGGGUGAGGUUGGUAAGGGCAAGGUAGACCCUUACCCAGCUAGUGACUGA